GCAAGGACGAGUUUUCUCCAAUGUCCGAAGGAACGAGAUCGAAGAGAUGACAAAUGCGAAGCACGGUCAGGAUAAAAGAAAGAUGCCGCGUAUAGUUUACUCCGCAGAUGAUGGAUUAUUCCGAUAUCGAUUUCAGCACAGCUACGCAGAAGGCCAAGCAGACCCCUUAUUCAAUUCGAAUUUACCUUCUUCCGCAGCUUCAUUCCCACCUUCAACUCUCCAAUGGGAAGUUUAAGAAGUUUUAAUAAGCAGCUUAAGCGGUGGUGGUGGUGAUGGUGACCUUACGUGACAGCUUGUACCUGUUCAAUUGCUCUGAGAGAAAUUGAUGUGGACAAAAGGGCGAUUGAAAGACAGACAGGAUGGACGCGUCGACUUUGUGUUCAGGUGGCGAAAGUCAGUCAAAGUCAGUCGAAGUCAGCCCGGUUAGGAACACCAAGCCAAACACGGCAAGAAAACAUGAACGAAAACAACGCUUUUGCGGACCAUGGAAGAAUCCCCCUCCCGCUCCUAGUCGGGCUUCUCAAAGGGGAAGUGGAAACAAGCGAUGGCAAUCAGAUCGUUCGUCCGUUUGUCCGUUCAUUCGUUCAUUCACACUCCACUCUUCUUCCUUCUGCUCACACAUACACACACACACGCUUUCUCUCCCUCACUUUAUUGUCUUUUGUACUUCAGCAGACCUGUAUUUUGUAUAUCACAUAUUUGUAUUGCACACCACUCGCUUUGUUCCACCCUUGCUCCCUCUUUCUCUCUCUCGCAUUCGCGCACCUCUCUCUUCUACCACACGACCUUUUCUUCUUUUUUUUUCUCCACUCCACUCCACUCCUCUCCACUCUACUCUACUCCACUUCACCUCACUCUGCCUCACUCUACUCUACUCUAUCCAGUCCGCUCUAUUCCACUCGCUACUUCAACAAAAGACACCACAGCGCACUUGCUCGCUGAACCACAACCAAAAGUCAAGAAGACAGAUGGGAAACGUUUCCUCAAAGCCCUCAACCGAUACUCCUCUCUCUGCCUCCAUACCGACUUCCCCCUCGUCCCAGGUUACUUUCGACUUUAAAACCACCUCUCCCUCAACCACCCUUGCACCACAAGCAGCACCAACACCAACCAGGUCCUCGUUCUCCGUCGAAUCGCCCUCGAAGAAGGAGAGGCGGCAUAUCCAGCACCAGCGUUCAUUUUCGUUUUCGGUGCGGCCCAUCGCUUCCAGAAGCCAGCACAGCGACAGUGGCAACAGCACCGGUAAGAGUCAGGAUGAGGUAGUCCUUGCCCGCAAUAGCACCAACUCUAAAGCCGACAGCGCCAAAGAUACCAAUACCAGUACCAAUACCAGUACCAAUACCAAUACCAACCCCGCCUCUACCGAGAGUCUCGCAGAUUUGAAAACAGCCCGUGCAGAAAACGACGAAGCAAUGAAUUCGUCAGUUCCAACAGCCUUGCUGCUUGACAAGCCUUUGCCCGCAUCCCCCUUGCUCCGCCCUCCUACACCCCCACCCAAGGAUAGGUUUCCACAGAAAACUGUGCAGCUGCUGCUGUCCCCGGAUAAGGCAUUAGCAUUUGCAGAAACAAUCCAUGACAACCGCCAAAAGGAUCUAGCCACAAAGAUCUCCCGGUCUAGCUCCCUCUCUCAACAAAGUGUUCAUUCCCAGUCUUCGCUUUCCGACAAAAGUGUCGUCAGUAGCAGUAGCGGCAGCAGCAGUGGAGGGAGCGCCAAUAGCAACGGCAGCAGGAGCGACAACAGUGCACGUACCGCCACGACUCCAACAACGUCUGUUAGCGGGGGAACCAUCGAAUCCGUUGGACAACUGAGUCUGCAGCGAUUCCCGACGGGCGAGAGUGAGUAUAAGGUCAAGUCCUCCUCAAAGUUCAGGCAAAGCCAUGGCACCCAGGCUAAGGCGCCUCGAGCUACAUCCACGGUCUCGUCAUCUUCGGCCCGAUCUUCUUCCGGUAGUUCAGGAUUUAAAUUUUCCAAACCCAACUUGUCGUUCAAACCAUUGCUUUACAGCAAUGGCAACGAUAGCAAGAACCAGCAGCACCUGUAUCAGCAUCACAACAGCAGCAACCCAUCUGCUUCGCCGAAUGGCUACCCGCAUCAGGCCUUGGACGCCUUUGCAAACUCGCCUUUCCCCACGAUCUUGAUGACAAUCCAACUGCCACAAUCUCUCCUGGACAAGUACGUGGUUGAUCAGGAGAGUUUUCGGCAUGGGAAGGGAAUCUGGGGCAUCGGAAGGUACAGUUGGACGAUCACGGUUCUCUCGAGAUCGAAUGGCAAGAAGGUAAGCUUGAGGGAGCGCAUGAGAAAACAAGGGUUUGAACCGCGGGUGAUGAUGUUAACCAAUUCUCUUGACUUUCAAAAGUAUGUGAUCAAGAGAGUCUCCAAGUCGCUUCUGCCCCCAUCUGCGUAUUACCACUACCCGACGACAGCACACCGACUGUGCACCUGUCCUGCAUGCAAGUCAAGUCGAGAACAACUCUUAUUGUCCGGUCAACUGGACCAGAAGGAGCUGGAGAAUAUGCAGGAGGUCCUCAUUAUCGAGAACAAGGGAAAGAAGGAGCUGCCGCAACUGCCCCCGUCCUCGCCGCAACUGCAGCCUUCGAAGCUCCAGUCCAACCGUCUCUUGUCCACCUCGUCAAUCUCAUCCUCAGCCACCAAGGAUCCAAAAGACAAAGACAAAUGGAGGAGCUUCAAUCUCUACAGCGUUCACAACGUGAGUAUGCCAAACCAGCAGGGCAAAUCUCUGACGUUCAGCGCCAACUCCUCAGCGCAGAGUACCCCGGCCAACUCUCGACCCUCGACCCCGUCACCUUCCCCUCUUCGUCUGUGCUCAAAUCCUUCCAAUGGCUCUGUGAAAGUCCACAGUAGGAGCCAUAGUCAUCAUGUAUCCUCCGCCACACAGUCUUCCCAUUAUCCAUUGCUUCCAUCUGCAACGCCGCUUUCUUGGCCAUACAAGGAUAGUGACCCGAUGGUGCCACAAAGUCCUAACAGAAUCAUCACUACCUCUGAUUUGAGUCAUGGACCACACUUAACCACCCAACCACCCGCGGAUAUUUUUUCGGAGCAUGCCUCAGCCCGUUCGUCCAAAUCGGCCCUCAAGUCCCUCGGCUCUUCUCACGGUCGCAAAAGGAGACCGGCGCUCAAAAGACAUGCAUCAACGCCCAAUUUAUCGCGACCAUUGACUGGAUUGGAUCUGCUGGAAGACGAUCCAUUAAAAGUAGAUCAACUGAGACAGCUCACGCGGCUCAAUACAAUUGAUUGGCAUCCUCAGGACGGGAAGAACCACCGGUACCAGCACAAUGCGAAUCCGUUUAAUUUGGGAGCAGAUCGACGGCUUCAGGAUUUCCCGCUGCCUACGUCCGGCACAGCAAAGGAGACCAUAUCUAACCACGAGGAGGGAAAAAAAUUGGGGUCGUCAUCAAGGCCUUCAGUAGACUUGGAGAAGAAGGUGGAUCCCUUUGACACGAACGGAGGCGAGUUCAGACAUCUGGAGCCGGAAUCACCAAGAUCGACCAAAGCUCCGGCACCCCAGGGAUUCACUCCGCCUCAACAUGCGCUGCCCAUGGAGCUCGUGCUGUUGCAGACUUACAAUGACUCGGAUCAUUUACCAGAGCAUCAUGAGUGGACACAGGAUCAGGACUACUGGUACUAUGUAACGAAAGCACAUGGAGUCAGGAGACGCAAGUUGAAGAAGGUCAGCACCUGGUGGUUGGAUAUGGGCAGUCUUGGGAGCGUCAUCAUGUCGGGUUCGUCGUCGUCUUCGACCGAGCCCAUUGCGACGGGACCGAUCUACAAUAUGGGACAUGCGACAGGAACCUCAUCACCGCAUAUGUCUUCGCCGCUCUCGUCCGAGUUGCAACUGUCGAAUGGUCAGAGCAGUGGUCGCCAGACGCCGAAUCAGGAGUCGUUGUCGUCGCAGAUCAGUAAUGGCGGUGCACACUAUUCACCCAGCGUGAACGCGACGAUGAAGAGGCAGGGCUCACCAAGGAACAGCCAUAUGGGCAAAUAUUUUUAUGUCGAUUGGGACGAGUACACAUCCUUGUGAUGAACACGUUUUUCUCUCUCUUUUGGUGUUGUUGUGCAAAAUGGCUCUUUUUGCUGCACUACCCAAUUAUACCCAUGCCCCAUUUUUCAUUUCCCAUUCCCCCCUUUCUUUUUUUUUGGCUGUUGUCAAUAUCCAAAGUGCUCGGAAAAAAAGGUGUACAUAAGGCAAAAAUUAAAAUAAAGUAUAGUAAAAAUAUAACAGGA